GCCUGCGCAGUCAGUAACUCAACGAGGUUGAACUUUGAACACUACCUCUGGAGAGAAAAUGUCUUUUAUAAAAGUAGAUCCGGCAUGUGAUUUCUCUUUCCACAACCUACCAUAUGGUGUAUUCUCCACAUUAGAUCAUAAGCAUGCUAAAGUAAAUGUAAGAAUAAACCCUGAAGGAAUCACAGAGAUCAUUUGAAAAGUUGUAUUUCCUCAGCCCAAACGUCGCAUUGGGGUCGCCAUUGGAGACCAGAUACUGGACCUGAGUGUGAUACUCUCACUGUUUCAAGGACCUGUGAUGGCCAAACAUCAGGAUGUCUUCCAACAGCCUACACUAAAUGCUUUAAUGGGUCUGGGAUAUGAAGCAUGGAAGGAGACCAGAAGUACUUUGCAGUUUUUGCUCUCAGCCAAUGAGAGCACUCUCAGAGACGACUGGACUCUACGCAGUAGAGCUUUUGUCCCACAGAGCGCAGCCAUAAUGCAUCUUCCCGCAGAUAUCGGUGAUUACACUGACUUUUAUUCAUCCAGGGAUCAUGCAACUAAUGUUGGCACUAUGUUUCGAGGGAAGGAAAACGCCCUAAUGCCAAACUGGUUAAGACUUCCUGUGGGAUAUCAUGGUAGAGCAUCAUCUGUGGUUGUUUCUGGUACGCCCAUUCGUCGGCCGUUGGGCCAGAUGAGACCCGACCAGACAAAACCUCCUGUGUUUGGUCCGUCAAAGCAAUUGGACAUUGAAUUGGAAAUGGCUUUCUUUGUUGGCGGGGGGAAUUUGCUUGGGGAGCCACUCCCCAUUGAGAAAGCCCAUGAACAUAUCUUCGGCAUGGUACUUAUGAACGAUUGGAGUGCUCGGGACAUUCAAGCUUGGGAGUAUGUCCCUCUGGGUCCAUUCUUGGGGAAGAACUUCGGAACAACAAUCUCACCCUGGGUGGUCUCCAUGGAGGCCUUGUUACCUUUUGCAGAGCCUAAUCCCAUUCAGGAUCCACAGCCACUCCCCUACCUCCAACAUGAAGAUGCAUACACAUUCAACAUCAAUCUAUUUGUAUCACUAAAAGGGCAUCUUAUGAAAAAAUCUUCUAACAUCUGCACUUCAAACUUCAAGUACAUGUACUGGACAAUGAAGCAACAGCUUGCUCAUCAUACAGUCAAUGGCUGCAACAUCAGACCUGGAGAUCUGCUGGCAUCUGGUACCAUUAGUGGACCUAAUCUAGAGAGUUUUGGCUCCAUGCUGGAACUAUCAUGGAGGGGAUCCAAGAGCAUUGAUCUUGGUGGAGGAGAAACCAGAACCUUCCUCCGGGAUGGAGAUGAAGUCACCAUUACAGGUCAUUGUGAAAGAGAUGGUUACAGGGUGGGCUUUGGGUCCUGCACUGGGGUCAUACUCCCUGCCCUGCAACACUGAAACCUACAGAAUGUUGUGUGUAAGAACUCAUUCCUUUGUGGAGAAUAAAUAUUCACCACACACAUGCACACAUUUACAAUAUGACACAUUCACAUGCUGCUCAAAUGAUGUGAUAUGAGCUUCAGUUAAUUAUUCAUUAAUUUCUCUGAGAUCCAUAGACAGAUAUAUCCAUCCAUACAUAGACAAUGUUACUGAAAUCCUCUGCAAUAUUUAUUCAACAGAGGAAUUAUUUCACCUCAUGUCUAGUGUUACUACCGUACCAGAAUCAGUAUUAUUGAUAUUUUUAGCCUGGCAUUUCUGGAAUACUAAUAAAAGCAUCCAUUUUAUAUUGA